CUCUAGAAUUUACAAGAUGCCCAUCUCUAUAUUAAUAAAAGAAAAACGCGAAAACACAUAGAGAAAAGAAAAGAAAAUAAAUACAUACAUAUGUCUACUGCGAAAGUCUUCGUUGGCAGCCUGCCGUCUGGCUGCAAACCGGACGAGCUCAGACGCCUCUUUUCAAACUAUGGAGCUGUCGUUGAGGCAGAUGUUAUGAAUCGAUGUGGAUUCGUACAUUUAGAGACUUCCGACAUGGCCGAUGCAGCCAUAGCGGCCCUCAAUGGAACACUGUUCAAAGGAGUUUCAAUUGUGGUUGAAGCAGGCAGGCCAAAAGAAAGAAGCAGAAAUGGAGCCGGCAGUCGUGUCCCGCCAAGUGUCGGUGGUGGCUCGGGACGCAGAUCCUUGGAAGGUCAAGGAGCUGCAUCCAACAACAGGCGCGAUGGUGGUGGGAGCGGAGGUGGUAGAUAUGGCAAUGAAGGUGGAUUCAACUCGAGUGGCAAUCAGUUUGGGCCCAUAAGGAAUGAGACAAAUUUUAGACAGCAGCGGAAUGCACCAUACAGCAAGGGACCACCACCCCAGCAGACUUCGAACGAGUCCUCUCAAGGAUAUAGGAACAAAUUCAGUGUGGGAAGCAAUGGAGGGGCUAGUAGCGGUGGUAGAAACGGUGAUGGUGGUCGCUUUGGCAGCAACCGGUUUCAACACAGGGAUAAUAAUGACGGGCCGGGAUCUAGCAAUGCCAAUAGAGGAGCUCCCCAAGGGCCCCUUGGCCCCAGGAGGAACAUCAAAAAUAGUCCGUCUAGUAACAAUGACUUUCUUGCUGGAAGCUCUAGCUUUAACAAUCCGAGGGGGGGCACAGGUGUGGGUCCAGCGCAUAGUGUAAGGCAAGAUCGUCGUGGUUUCGCCUUGCCAGUGGAGCAACAGCAAAUGACCUUCGGUGUACAGCAAAAUCGCUUUCGCAAUGGCAGCAGCACUGGCAAUCGCAAUAGUUCAGGAGUGAACGGUGCUGAUCCGCAAGGUAGACGUGGGAGCUACAAUGACCGCGGUGGAUUUAACGCUAGACGUGGUGCAGCCAACAAUGAGCACAAUAGACCACAGCGUCAAGGAGGCGACUCCAACAAGCCCGGAGGAGCAGAUCGACACGAUCACAGUGCAUAUCAAACAGAGUUUCCUCCGCUGGGAGGAAGGCAAGAAGGCGGCCGUGGGGGAGGGACAGUGCAUCGAAACCGCUUCAACGGGCCCAGACCUGGACCAAAUAACAUGGGCGGAAAUAGAAGAUUUUGAAGAGCUGCAAAGUAAUUAAUACCGUUUGCAACCCAUAGGCAACUCAAAUGAAUAUUGUAAUAGCCAAAUUUUGUUUUCCAUUGUCUCGUGCGCCUUCACCCGAAUUACCCUUAUUUAAUUUAAGUUUCCUUUUUUCAUUCACCCUGAUGCAGUACUUUUAAGGCCACAUCAACAGUAUAUGUAUUUGUUAUCUGUAGCUAAGAUUGUUACAAUAUUUACUGCAAUACUUAAAUAAUCAUAUAAAUUAUGUGCAACUAGA